AUGAUUUAUCUACAUCCUCUUUCAUGGCUUCAACCUGGGAUUAAGAUGUGCACUUUCCCACAACACAGAAUUCACAAGUUGGCAUCACUGCAAGAGGCAAGAGUUCGAUACCCAAACAAAGUGAAAAGCUUACUUUACCCUUUUACAGAUGUAGAGACUUACCUGGACAGCUCUGUGGAUAGGACACAAUUUCAGCUCUUCCAUCCCUGCAUGAAUGAUCUUCUUAAAGCUGAAAAGCUCUUCUGUUCCUCACCGUCCCAUAAGAUUGAUUAUUAUGUGUCAGCAGAGAGGAUGGACCACUCACCUGCACUGAAACAACCCGAGGUGUGUUUCAUUGGCCGAAGCAAUGUGGGAAAGUCAUCUCUUGUUAAAUGUCUGUUUUCUCUGAGUCCAAAUGUGGAAGUCAGAAUCUCCAAAACACCUGGUCACACAAAAAAGAUGAACUUCUUUAAAGUGGGCAGGGCUUUCACCAUUGUGGACAUGCCAGGUUAUGGAUACAAAGCACCCAGAGAUUUUGUGGAAAUGGUUGAACCUUAUCUCUACUCGAGGAAGACUCUCGUCCGGACAUUUAUACUGGUGGAUGGCAGUGUUGGACUGCAAAAGACUGAUCACAUUGCCCUAGAAAUGUGUGAGGAGACUGGAUCUCCUUAUGUGAUGGUGGUGACGAAGAUUGAUAAAUGUAGUCGUGGUUCACUACUGACAAACCUAUUGAAAUUUCAAGAUGUUAUUAAAACACAGACAUCUAGUUGCUUCCCCCAGCCGUUUUUGGUCAGCUCCCUCCAGUUUUCAGGGAUCUACCUCCUGAGAUGCUUUAUUGCUCAUAUUACGGGAAAUCUACAGCUAAAGGACACCUCUCAAAGUUGA